GACCAUCCCGACCUGGUGGAGAGCAUGGCAAAGAAAGGUUCUAAUGUGCCAGAGAAACCCAGGACGCCUCAGCAGCUAUGGUACAGUCACGAGAAGAAGGCCUUCCUCAAAACACACGCAGACGCGACCACCAAAGACAUUAAAGACAGUCUUGGGAAGCAGUGGACACAGCUGUCAGACAAAAAGAGACUCAAGUGGAUUGCCAAGUCCCUGGAGAUGCACAAAGCAUAUGAGGAGGUGAUGAAGGGCUUUAUUGAGACUCACCCAGAGCUCAACAUGAGCAACGAGGACAUCGUCAAGUCCACCCUCACCAAGGCUGAGAGACAUCUGAAGGACAAAUCUGAUGGCAGGCCAGACAAACCACCCCCGAAUGGUUACUCCAUGUUCUGUGCUGAGUUGAUGUCCAGUAUGAAGGACGUGCCCAGUACAGAGCGCAUGGUCAUGUGCAGCCAGCAGUGGAAGCUGCUGAAACAGAACGAGAAGGACGCCUACCAGAAACGCUGCGAGCAGAGAAAGAAAGAAUACGAAGUCGAGAUGAACCGGUUUCUUUGUGUAAGUUUGUUUUUCUACAUGUAUGUGUGUGUCUGUAUACAGUUGAAGUUGGAAGUUUACAUACACUGACACAGAACCCAAACCGGCUGCACGUGUGUGCCAUCGUGCAUACAUUUAUUUUGUCCUCCCACACCAAACGUGAUCACGAAACGCAGGUUAAAAUAUCAAAACACUCUGAACCAAUUACAUUAAUUUUAGGACAAGUU